AGUAGCAGCGGCUCCGACCUUCCUGUGGAAACGUUCACAUGAGUCUUCCUCACAAUGUUUCGGAUUCGUUGUUUAUUUGUUUGAAUUCAAGACCGAUUUUCUACGAGACUUGAACUUUUUCCAGCAGGACGAACCUGGAUUCAUAUUCUACUUCUGAGCUUUCAGCAUUUGUUCAAACAAACAUUCGGUCGACUCCUUGACUAACGAUGGAGGAUCCAGAGCAGGAUGUCGGGCCCCUUCCCUCUUUCAUCCAGACAAUCAGCGAGAUGCAGAACGCAGGCGUCGAAUCAGAGCCACAUCAGGAACCGGAGCCUGAAUCCGACCAGGAGACCCAGGAGACGCAGGAGACCCAGGAGACGCAGGAGACCCCGGAGACCCCGGAGACCCCGGAGACCCAGGAGACCCCGGAGACCCCGGAGACCCAGGAGCCACCGAGCGGGCCCCUGCAGCUGGAGCUCAUGGAGUCCCGAAGGCAGAAGCUUCGCAGCAGACUAGAGAUCCUGCAGAAGAUGCAGAAAAUGAUGACGAGUGAGGACGGUGAGGAAGUGGGCGAGCUGGAGAACGUUCAGAGGGAGCUGCAGGAGCUGCUGCUGAGUAAGAUGCAGCUGAAGUCAGAGAUGCAGGACGUCACCUUCACAGCAAACAGAGGUCGACAGGAUAAAUUGCCCAUUAUUUAUAAAUCUGGGCCGCCCUGUGGAGGGAUCUACACGCUUCCACCUCCUCAGCUGUCAGAGGAGGACCCCAUAGAGGAGCUGAGUGAAGAAACUACUCCUGCAGAAGAAGAAUCAAUAGAUAUUUCUGUAGAGGAGAUGAGUGAAGAAACUCCUCCUGCAGAAGAAACACCAACAGGCCCCAUCGUUCCAGUGGAAAGCCUGGCUGCUGUGCCAGCCUUCACCCGCUGUCCAUCCUGUGACCAGAUCGUCUUUACAAAAACCCGCAGGAUAGUGGGCGAGACAAUAUGGAUGCUCUGUUGCCUGUGCUCCAUUUUGGGGUGUGUAGCAGGCUGCUGUUUGACCCCUUUCUGCAUGAACGACUUAAAGGACACCGAGCACCGGUGUCCGAAGUGUGAGGCUCACCUACACACCUUCAAGCAUUACUGACAUGGACACCGUUGAGGAAAUGCCACAAACAUCUUCCCAAAGGAGUUGAUUUAGACUCUAGAGCCGAUCAGUGAAACGGGUCUGGAGUCGACUCGGCCCUGCUGGAGACUUCACCGAGGCUCGGAUGAAGCAUAUCUCUGCUCGACGGCCCCGGUUCUGUGACGAGACAGACAGUGAAUAUCCACGGAACAUGGGAUUCAAGCUGGAAACAGAACUUAGUGAGUGUGUCAGAGGCGAGUGCUGGUGUGCGCACACAGCAGCUGUUGGGACGAGGGAAUAUAUAUUUAUAGGCACAAACCAUUUUUAUGUAAAGUGGGAACAGAACUAGUGAAGAGAUGCAAACGCAGGCAAAUCACCUGACCAGAAAAGGAACUGUUUACGUGCAGCGAGGAACACAACACAAGGGAGGUGGCCCUGUCCAGCUCUUUUGGAAACGGCAACAUACUUGUAUAAUAAUAAUUUUGUAUGAUAAUGUGUAAUGUUGUAA